AUGGAUGAGUUUUACUUAUUGCUGUAUUUGUCAGCUGCAAUGUUUGUUGGAAGUUUUAUGGCUGGAUUGAUACCUCUUGCAUUCAACAUGUCCGAGGGACGGACACGUUUAUUGAGCACAUUUGGAGCGGGUUUAUUGGUAGGCACAGCGUUAUCUGUAAUUAUUCCGGAAGGUGUUGAAGCGUUAUACAUUGUUAAUACUGGAAAAUAUCUACCGAACGCUGUGCAGAAUGAAGAUAGGAGUCAGAUUGUUGUUGUAAAUCAACAUGAUAUAUCGAAUUCACUAAAACAAUCUGCAUCAAAUCCGAGUGGGGUCGACAACAACGAUAUUAGGAGAGGAAUGACCCGACAAAUGCAGCAAAGUUCCAUUAUAGACAAAAAAGAAAUCGAUGAGCAUGGGCACAUCGAACCAUCAGAUAAUUUCAGUGUAAUAAACCAAUCAAUAGGAUAUUCAUUGGUUAUUGGUUUCUUAUUUAUGUUUCUUAUUGAUCAAAUUUCGAAAUAUUUCUCAUUUAAAGGUAGUGACCGUACACAUUUUAAACUAACGGCGACAAUUGGUUUAGUGGUGCAUGCAGCUGCUGAUGGAGUUGCUUUUGGUAGUGCAUCUGCAACAAAUCGUACCGGUGUACAGUUUAUUGUCUUCCUUGCUAUAAUGCUUCAUAAGGCUCCAGCGGCUUUCGGUCUGGUCAGUUUUCUUUUGGUGGAAGGUAUUGAACGGUUCAGGAUACGUCGUCAUUUAAUUGUCUUUUCAGUCGCGGCUCCAAUAGCUGCACUGGUUACAUAUUACCUGAUUGUUGUUAUUGAAAACGAUAAGUCCUCAGCAGAUUCGGCAACUGGAACGCUCAUGUUAUUUUCGGCUGGAACAUUUCUGUACGUUGCGACUGUACAUAUACUUCCUGAGUUGAUGGGUUCCAGCGUUAACGAUUAUCAAUUAGCGAACAGUAGCACAGCAGGGAGUAAUAGAGGAUACAGUGAAUCCAGAGCAUCGUUGAAGCUUAUUGAGUUAAUCUCAGUUGUCGUUGGUGCAAUUAGUCCAAUAUUUUUAGUUAGUGGUCAUUCUCAUUCUCGCUAACUCUUAUUAAAGGAGUGUAAUGUGCCGGAUUUCUCGAAGAAACAAAAGAAACAAAAUCACGAUAUGCUUUCGAAAUUAUGUCUUGCC